GAGACGGAGCGUCACUGUCGAAAGCCCCUCUUCGUCACGGAGAAAUACGUUCAUUUUCCAACCGAUUAAAAUCGAUUUUCAAGCCGCCUCCUCCUACUCCUAACAUUACACACAGCGAUUUUGAGCUCCUCCUCCGUCCUCUCGCCUAAAACAACGAUGGCAACAAGGCCGGUAGCCGAUUCGCAUAGCAACAGAGCAGCAGUUCAAGCCACAAACGAUGACGCUUCCGCCAGUAAACUGUCUUGUGUUAAGAAGGGAUACAUGAAAGACGAUUAUAUCCAUUUAUUUGCUAGAAGACCUGUGAGGCGAUCUCCAAUAAUCAACCGCGGCUAUUUUGCGCGCUGGGCUGCUCUUCGAAAGCUUCUCUUCCAGUUUCUUGAUUGUGAAUCGAAUAUUGAUGGAAAAUGCGAUACAAAAAAGCAGAUAUUAUCAUUCGGAGCAGGAUUUGAUACCAUGUAUUUUCAACUACAGGAUGAAGGAAAAGCGCCAUUUUUAUAUGUAGAGCUGGAUUUUAAGGAGGUAACUAGUAAAAAGGCAGCAAUUAUUGAAACCAGCAGUCAGUUGAGGGAAAAGCUUGGUGCUACGGCUUCAAUUUCACCAGAGAAGGGAGAAGUGCUCAGUGAUCAUUACAAGCUGCUCUCGGUUGAUUUGCGUGAUAUACAAAAACUAGAUGAUAUCAUAGCAUUGGCUGGUAUGAAUCCCAGCUUGCCAACGUUUAUAAUUGCAGAAUGCGUUUUAAUAUACUUGGAUCCCGAGUCAACUCGUGGUAUAGUCGGUUGGGCUUCAAAAACGUUUUCAACAGCAGCAUUUUUCUUAUAUGAGCAGAUACAUCCGGAUGAUGCUUUUGGGCAGCAAAUGAUCAGAAACUUGGAGAGUCGAGGUUGUGCACUAUUGGGUAUCUAUGACACGCCAACUUUACUUGCGAAGGAAAAACUUUUUCUUGAUCAAGGAUGGCAGAGAGCUGUUGCCUGGGACAUGCUGAAAGUUUAUACUGAUUUUAUUGAAGCUAAAGAAAGGCGCAGGAUUGAACGAUUGGAAUUGUUCGAUGAGUUUGAAGAGUGGUACAUGAUGCAGGAGCACUACUGUGUGGCUUAUGCAAUCAACGAUGCCACGGGAUUCUUUGGGGAUUUUGGUUUCACUAAGACCCAGCCGCACGUGAUCAACUCUCCCUCAACAGUAGCAUUGCCAUGAACACACGAGGCCACAAGCCGGUAAUUAGUGUCUAGAUAAAAAGUCUCAUAAGGUAUCUGAUGGCCUAUUGAGAAUAUGCCUCUAUGCAUGUUAUUUGUUUGGAUUCCACAAGACAGAUCCUUUUUUUUUUUUUUUUGGUGCUAGCUGUUUGGCAAAAAGAAAUUGUGGUGGGACCUCACCUUAGAGCACCAAAAUGAGUCAUAUCAAUCUAUUGUGGGGUCUGUAUCAUGUGGAAAAAUAUAUGCCCAGUUGUGUAUGGUUGGUUGCUUUUUAAUGUAUUUUUCCUCGACUUCCCCUUUUC